AUGGCGCCAGACUUCAGUGGCCUGGAAUGGGUGCGAAACCUCUGGGGCAUCUCGCCUCGCUGGACGGUUGAAUUGAACGGCGAAGCCAUCAAACUGACAAUCCAGUCGGCACUCGAGCUUGCCGGCCUCUGUGAUAUCAAGGUUCUUGCAGGGGGCGAGUCACAAGCUCUACGUCACCCGACCUGGAAGACCUUGAGCGAGGUGGCGACUCUGAAGUGGGUGCGCGCCAACACAAACCUUCCCGUUCCUGACGUCUUGGCGUACCAAGCCGACCGGGACAGCGCCAUCGGGUUUGAGUGGAUUGCUAUGACUAAAAUUCCCGGCAAACCGCUGGAUGCCCUAUGGAGGGAUAUUGGCUUUUCUGCCAAGGAAGAAAUUGUCCGCCAGCUUGCCUUAUUCUGUUCCUGCACCUUUCUGACACAAAUGCGCGGUAUUGGAAACCUGUUUCUGGAAUCAACCGAAGCCAGAUCCACACGAGCUCUGUAA